AUGAGUCUAACCAGUGCUGCCUUUGAAGCUCCUGUUAUCCCUGUCCGCCGAUCAGAUCGCCUGAAAGAGUACAAUUCGCUUACCGGAAUGGCGACACCCCAGAAGGACGAUGUCCAAGACACAUGGACUUAUCUAGAAAAUGGCAUUAAUAGUGUGAUGCUGAAACUGGAGGAAGGUGUUGACAUGAAGACAUACAUGGGCCUUUACACGGCAGUUCAUAACUUUUGCACAUCACAGAAAGCUGUUGGUAGUAGUGGAGGCUUACAAGCUCUUCGUGGCGCUCACCUCCUUGGCGAAGAAUUAUACAAUCUCCUCGGACAAUAUUUAUCGAAACAUUUAGAGGACGUGUAUCAGGACUCCGAGACACACAUUGAAGAAGCUUUACUAGGGUUUUAUAUUCGGGAGUGGGAUCGCUAUACGACAGCUGCCAAGUAUAUCAACCAUCUGUUCCGCUACUUGAAUCGACACUGGGUGAAACGCGAGAUUGACGAAGGAAAGAAACACAUUUACGAUGUAUACACUCUUCAUCUCGUAAAAUGGCGCGAGGAUUUCUUCAAGCGGGUCCAAGAAAGGGUCAUGGCUGCAGUACUCAAUCUCGUUGAGAAACAACGUAACGGUGAGACGAUUGAACAGUCGCAGAUUAAGAGCAUAGUGGAUUCAUUUGUUUCUUUGGGUCUGGAUGAGAACGACAGCACCAAGUCGACUCUCGAGGUCUAUCGGUUCUACUUUGAGCGACCUUUCAUCGAUGCUACCCGUGUCUACUAUGAGAACGAAUCCCGUCAGUUCGUCUCUGAAAAUAGCGUUGUGGAGUAUAUGAAGAAAGCAGAAACUCGAUUGGAGGAGGAGAAGGCUCGUGUCGGACUUUAUUUGCACCCGGACAUCACGAAGCGGCUGACGGAGACGUGCUUGGACGUUUUGGUCUCUGCUCAUUCAGAUCUUCUCCGCGACGAAUUUCAGGUUCUUCUCGACAACGAUCGACAAGAUGAUUUGGCCCGUAUGUAUAGAUUGUUAUCAAAGAUCAAGGACGGUCUCGACCCUCUCCGUGCCAAGUUCGAGAGGCACGUCCGCAAUGCGGGUACUGCUGCAGUUGAGAAGGUCGCUUCUGAAGGAGAGAGCUUCGAGCCGAAGAUGUAUGUCGAUGCUUUGUUACAAGUCCAUUCUCGAUACCAAAACCUUGUCAACGCUGCCUUUGCGGGUGAGUCCGAAUUUGUUAGGUCUCUGGAUAAUGCUUGCCGGGAAUUUGUCAACCGCAACUCCAUUUGCAAGAGUAAUUCUUCCAAGUCGCCGGAAUUACUGGCACGUUAUACAGAUUCUUUGCUCAAGAAGGGAUCCAAGGCCACCGAAGAGUCAGAGUUGGAGGAGAUGCUCACGCAGAUUAUGACUGUUUUCAAGUAUAUUGAAGACAAGGACGUCUUUCAAAAGUUCUACUCGAAAUCUCUUGCCAAGCGGUUGGUGCACAUCAUUUCCGUUUCGGAAGAUGCGGAGACUAGUAUGAUUAGCAAGCUGAAGGAGGCAUGCGGUUUCGAGUAUACCAACAAGCUGCAGCGUAUGUUCCAGGAUAUCCAAAUUUCCAAGGAUCUGAAUGCUAGUUACAAGGAUUGGCAAGAGAAGGUUCAUGAUGAAGAGGACCGAAAGAAGAUGGUUGAUCCUCAUUAUCAGGUUUUGGGUACAGGAUUCUGGCCUCUCAAUGCCCCCACAACAGAGUUCAUUCCGCCAACGGAAAUCGUCAAGACGGCAGAGCGAUUUCAACAUUUCUACUUUGACAAGCACAGCGGUCGUAAAUUAACAUGGCUAUGGCAGCUUUGCAGAGGUGAAAUAAAGGCUAAUUACAUCAAAAACGCCAAAGUCCCUUACACAUUCCAAGUGUCGACGUAUCAAAUGGGGAUCUUACUUCUCUACAACGAACAUGACUCUCUCGAUUACGACGAGAUUCAAAAGGCCACCAAACUUGCCAAUGAGAUUCUCGAGCCGAAUAUUACUCUGUUGUUGAAGGCAAAAGUAUUAUUAGCCAACUCUGAAGGGUCCAAGCCGGCUCCUGGAGUGUCAUUCUCACUAAACUAUAACUUUAAGCACAAGAAAGUUAAAGUCAACCUGAACCUUACAAUCAAGUCAGAGCAAAAGACCGAAGCCGACGAUACACAUAAGACGAUUGAAGAGGACCGUAAACUACUUCUUCAGUCCGCAAUCGUCCGAAUCAUGAAAUCACGCAAGAAAAUGAAACACGUCCAACUCGUCCAAGAAGUCAUUCAACAAGUCAAAGCACGCUUCCCGCCCAAAAUCCCCGAUAUCAAGAAAAACAUCGAAGCGCUUAUGGAGAAAGAUUAUAUUGAACGUCUGGACAAUGAUGAAUUGGCCUAUAUUGCAUAA